ACGGUCACAUUUUACACCCUUUCUCCCCCCAACUUUCAAAUUUGACCGUUACCUUCUCCCCUCUAUUUCUUCCCCUCAUUUCCCACCUUUCUCCUCACAAAUUCACAAUUCUCUCUCACUGCUUCAAGACAUCUUGAACAACAUCAAAAUUCCCUUCAAUUUCUCUCCUAAAUUCUCUCCAAAAAUCACCAAAAAUCUUCAACAAAAUCUCAAAAUCCCCCCCAAAAAAACACAAAAAAUGGGUGGUCUUAAAAUCGUUUCCCCAUCAAACUCAGAACCCCACUUCAAAACCAAAAAACUCUUCCUCUUCAGCAAUUACAUCCUCUUAGCAGCAGCAUCAAGUUGCAUCUUCCUCACCCUCUCCCUUCGGCUAAUCCCUUCGCUUUGCGGCUUCUUCUUCAUUUGCCUCCAUCUCCUCACCAUCCUCGGCGCCUUAGCCGGGUGCCACGCCGCAAGCACGGGUGGCACCCGGUGGUACGGUGCCCACAUGGCAGCCACCGUUCUCACCGCAAUCUUUCAAGGAUCGAUUGCGGUCUUGAUCUUUACCAGGAGUGAUGAUUUCUUAGUCAGCCUAAAAUCCUAUGUUGAGGAACAUAGUGGUGUGAUGAUACUGAAAUUGGCAGGUGGUCUUUGUGUUGUCAUGUUUUGCUUGGAAUGGGUUGUUUUGACCGUCGCCUUCUUCUUGAAGUACUACGCUGUCGUUGAAGGAUCUGGUAGUGAUUUUAAUGGAGGAUUUCGAAAGACUGCUAAAGUUGGAUCUUCUGAGGAAGAGAUGGGGUACUUGCCUUACCCUUCUGCUGGUGCUCUCAAUGUUUAAAGGUUUUGACAGCAAUUAAGAGAAUAUGUUGGGAAUUUUUUAAUUCUUUGAAUCUUUUUAUGCUAUUAAAUUUGAAAGUUUAUGUUGGUUAAUGAUCUUACUAUUAUAGUAUCAUGUAAUAGAGAUUGUAAUGUUAUUUUACUGCUAUAUAUAAUAUGAGCAAUAUAUGAGUUUGCUUGCUAUA